GGAACAACAGCCUGAGGCUGCUGCAGAUCCAAUGUCGUCCUCUGAUGCACCAGAAGAUGGCCCUAAGGAAACGUCAAGUGUAUCGCAGAAUAUCUCUUCUCUCUUUCCCUUACUGAACUGCGUGGACAACCUGUCCCAGUGUCCACAGGGUAGGAAACCUGGACUGAGACCCAUGCUUGGAGGCAGCUUCUCCAGUGAUGGCACUCUCAAUGAUGUAGCUUCAGAAUUGAAUCUGAUGCAGAUGCAUUUAAAAUCCUCCUGGACAUGAAGUUAAAAAAGAGGCAGAAAAGGCCUGCUUUACCAAGCACUGUGACUGAGCUUGAUGCUGAGGAUGGUUCUAAAGUAUAUGUGGUUGGAACAGCCCACUUCAGUGACAGCAGCAAAAAGGAUGUAGUAAAGACAAUACAAGAAGUGCAGCCUGAUGUAGUUGUGGUGGAACUGUGCCAGUACAGAGUUUCUAUGUUAAAGAUGGAUGAAAAGACAUUACUUAAAGAAGCCAAAGAAAUAAAUCUGGAAAAACUUCAACAAGCUAUAAAGCAGAAUGGAGUCAUGUCUGGAUUGAUGCAAAUGCUGCUUCUGAAGGUUUCUGCUCACAUCACAGAACAGCUGGGAAUGGCCCCAGGAGGAGAAUUCAGGGAGGCUUUCAAAGAGGCCAGUAAAGUACCUUUCUGUAAGUUCCACCUCGGUGACCGACCCAUCCCUGUUACAUUUAAGAGAGCAAUUGCUGCACUUUCCUUCUGGCAAAAAGUCAAGCUUGCUUGGGGCCUUUGCUUCUUAUCUGACCCCAUCAGUAAAGAUGAUGUGGAGAAAUGCAAACAGAAGGAUUUACUGGAACAAAUGAUGGCAGAAAUGAUUGGAGAAUUCCCUGAUCUUCAUCGAACGAUUGUCUCCGAACGAGAUAUUUACUUGACCUACAUGCUGAAGCAAGCAGCAAAGCAGAUAGAACUACCUCGAGCUUCAGAAAAUGAACCUAGAAAAUAUAUCCCAGCUGUUGUAGUUGGUGUUGUUGGCAUGGGCCACGUACCUGGAAUUGAAAAGAACUGGAAUUCCGACUUAAAGAUCCAGGAAAUAAUGAGUGUGCCUCCUCCAUCAGCUUCAAGUAAGAUUUUCAAAUUUGUUUUAAAAGCAACAGUUCUUGGACUGCUGGGAUAUGGCUGCUACCGAAUAGGUCACAGGACAGUUCAGUUUUUUCUCUCAAUGCCAGCAACACAGACCUAUCUUCAGAGGCUGACAGAGGUGCCUCAGCAGUGAACAUGGAGUAGAGGCUCUCUGUGAAGAAGGUGGCUGAAGAAAGGGUGACGGAGGCAACGCAUGAACUGGACUGAAGGAUGAGGAUUCUAGUCAGAGCUGAUUGAUGCUGAGCAACACUCAAACACUAUAUGAUAAAAGAUUUGAUACUAAAGUUACACCAGCUGUGAUCUAAUUAAUAGUUUUGAUUCUUGAUAGGUGUGUUGCAUGAAACCAGAUGAUUCCAGAUUGAGGUACAAGAAAUGUGUAUGCAAAUAUAUAUAUAUAUAUAUAUUAUAUAUGCAUACUCUAUACAUGUAUACAAUAUAUAUGCAUUAUAUAAUAUAUAUAUAUAUAACUGAUGAUUUAGUACAGGCAGCUUAAAGGGUGUGUGUUCAUGGCUCCGUUUUCAGAGGAAAGAGCAACACAAAGUAACCUAAUUGGCUGCAUCUCCUCUGAAGUUCAGGGACACUUGAGUGAUUCUUUGAUUUUUUUCCCUUAGGUAUAAUAAUACCAAGUGUUUGUUUCUGGUGCCAGACACUUUUACACAUCAUUUGAACGGACAUCUUCUCAAUGUGUGUUUUAUACCUAAAACAUUUAGGGUUUUUUUAAACUUAAGAGCUUUCCAGAAAUUUCAGAAUUGUACGGGCUGUCAUACGUACAUGGCUCAAAUUUUUUACAAGCCUUACUUAAGAACAGGAAUGUUGCCUUUAGAUUGCAUCCCUUGUUACCACCACCAGUUGAAUUGUCUUUCGCCUGUAUAGAGAAGGUAUAGCCACCCCAUUGAAAUGCAAUGUGGUUUGUGUCAGAUGUUUACAGGACGCUCUGUUCCUUUAGAUUAGCGUAUUUAAACUGUAUUAUUUAGCCAAAUCCUGCUGGUUUCAGUAUUGUAAAUUUAAGAAACUAGAACUACUGUACAAUUUACUUUUGUUUCUCAAACCUUUCAUAUUUGGCAAAAAAAGCCUGGAAUUAACCUGCCCCUUGGUUUUGCUACAUGAAAGUAUUUUAUUUAUCAAUGUAAUUUCUCGGUGGAUGAAUAUUUUAAUCUAUUUAAUAGGAAAGCAGUUUUUCAACCAACUGUAGCAUUUUACUUGGUUGACCUGCUAUUUAUACACAGAAUUAUGGGUACUACAGACUGCUGUUACUUUCUUUUUUAAUUAUCUGGAACACUCAUCCAUCAUCAAUCUUCUUCUUUUUCUUUUCUUCUUUUUUUUUUUUUUUUUUUAAUCCUAGGUUCAUAUUUCGUUGGAAUUUUUUGGUACCUUUACUUUUUACAGGAUUGUCAGUGAUUGUAAAAUGCCCUUGGCAAUCAGCUAGUCCUAGUUCAACAACACAGAUAACAUUUUUGUAUCAAAGUUAACCUGAUGUAUUUGAGCUUUGUCCCAUUUGCUCCUCAGGCUCAUAUACAGUUGCUUAUUGUUUAAAGUGAGUUUUUUAUCUGUAUUAAUUUCUUUUGGAAAUGAAAGAUGGGAACCAGUAUGUGAGGCAGGAAGAGGAAAAGGUGAUGUUGUGUUUUGUGUUUUUUUGUGUUUGUUCAGCUGGUUCCAUAAAAUCCAGAAACCUCUUUUAAUAAGGUAUAUUUCCAAAGGCUUGUGUUGGAAAUGGUUCCAUACAGUCUUUUGUUUGCUGGAAGUAUGUACAUCUAUCUUCUGUACAGUGUAGUCUUUUCUGAGCUUUUAAAAUUAAGGGUCUGAUGCUCCUCUCUAUGAUGGCAUUGACUUUGCUGGGAGCUGGUCUGUCCAUGCAACCUGAUGCUUUUCUGCCUUGCUCUUUGAAAAUUUUAUGAGUUCCAGUGCAGCAAAUUGUUCAAGUGCAUGUUUAUCUUUAACCUUAGUGAAUCUAACCUGAUUCUGCAGAGCUCUUACGAUGAUCCUAGGUGCUUUUCUGGGUCUGGGCCUUACAAGUGUCCAGGGAAUAAACUUUAGCAAAUGAGAAUGGCAGCAAUUCAUGCUUCUAGGACACAAAGUGUAAAUGAUAAUACAGAAAACAGUGGGGCAGGUCUUUUUAUUUUCUAUUUAUUAGUGCUUAAGAAACCACCAGCCAUCUCUAGCAAGAGGAAAAGCGGCAUUUGUAAACAAUUUAUAGAAGAGUAGAGUGACUGCCUGAAUUUUGAUUCCUGUUUUGUAAAAACAUUCAAUGUAUUGUUUACAAUUAAGCAGUCCUAUUUUAAUAAUUCUAUUACAUUUUAUGUACAUUUGUAAAAGAUGAAAGCAAAAGCUUAAGCUCACUCUUCUCCUGGCUUUACUGACAUACCAAAAUGUUGUUCUGUUGGUUAUUUUCUUGAGAAUAUUUAACUGGUAGAAUUAAAUAUAUUGAUAUUUCGCUUUAAAUUAUCUACAGAUUUUUAAAGUAUCUGCAGGUAUUUUAAAAGCUCUGUAGAUCUUUGAUAUCUGUGCUCAGGUAAUUUUACACAAAGGAAAACAAAUCUAAGGUGAAUUUUAGAUAGGAGCCUUAAUCUUGGGUGGGAAUAAUGCUAAAUGAUUGUCAUGGAGCGUUCUUGCAGUCUUGAUGUUUUAUGCUUUUUAGCCAAAAUUGAUUACCAUCUAAGGUGUCCAUCUGUUAUUCAGUUAUUCUCUCCAGUCAGUACCUUAAGUCUAUUGUUUCAGUAUUUUUUGUUUGUUUGUUUGUUUGUUUUUAUAAAGCAUAUCAGCAGAUUCUUCAGGGAACCUCUUUGUGGAUGGAGAAUUGGCAAUUUAUCUUCCCACUGUUGCAAAUUGGCCGAUCAUAUGCAUGCACUGUCUAUUCAGUGGCACUGGAUGAAUUUGCAGAACUAACAAUUCUAUGAAUCCAUACACAAAUUCUUGAUGUUGUAUAUUCAAUGUGUUGUACUGUUUAUAUAACAUAAUCUGUGUUUUAGGUUCAUUCUUUUCUGUUCUAGUCAGUCCUUUCAGUGUUAGCAGCAUCCUGUAAAAUUUAAGUAUGUGUUGAAUUGUCCCAGCCCCGCCUCAACCUUAUGAAGCCAUAUUGUAUUUUUUUGGUGACAUGUACAUCUGUCUUAUGCAUUUGUACAUGUGAUGUAAAUUUGAAGUAUUUUUAACAAUGUGUGCCUUUAAAGUGAUUUAAAGUAAACAGCAGUAUGUUCUAUUAUACAAAAAAUAAAAUAUU